AUGAAUAUUCUUGAUAAAUUCAAAAAUUACUUAUAAAUUCCCAAUUACGUUGAAAAUUCUACUUCCCAGACUUCUUUUAAAUAUAUUACCCUUUUUAAUAUAAUUAAUAUAUAAUAAUAAAUUUUUAAUUAUAAAUAGUAAUAAUGCAAUUGUAACUAAAUGACCGACAAGAUAUAUAAAUCUUGAAUAUUUCUAAGCCUCGAUUCUAUUUUAUUUAAUUGCUUAUAAGCAACUUAAUUAUAAUUUAACUCAUAUUAACAUAACUCCAUCUGUAUAAUAAAAUUCCAUAGACAUAUCUAAAAAAAAAUAUCGCAUACUUUCAUAGGAGGAGAAAUAAGCUGCAAUUAAUCAAAUGUCGAGCAAUUGUGCUUCUUAAUCACUAGAAAUGGUAGCACAGAAUUUUUAAACUUCAGUGAAGAAUUUAAGAAGGUGGUAUCGUGAAGGAGUAUAAAGAAAACCAGGGUGCGGCAGAAAGAAGCUAAAUGAAACUGCAGAAAAGGAACUAGCAUUAUGGAUAAUAAAUGAGUCAAUCAAUUAAGGCAAAAGAAUAAGAAGGAAUGUGUUGAAGGAGAAGGCAAUUGAAUUGUUCAAGGAUCCUCAAUUUAAGGCUUCAAAAGCAUGGUAGGAUGAGUUCAUAAAGACUCACGAUAUCAAAUUUUUAGUUAAUAAAGAGCUUUAUAAUAGAGGAAUGCUAAAUAGUUUGCAAGCUUAAAAAUUGGAGGAAUAGUAGAAUAUUAGGGAAUAGGGAGGAUAGUUUAUUAUAAAACAAAAACAACAAUCAGAGGACAUACCCACUGAAACUAAAUUUGAAGAGAAGAGAGCGAAAGUGAUUACUAGUCCCUUUGAUUAGAAGGAGGAAGAGGGAGUUUUUAAUUUGAUCAGGGACGAAGGAGCAGGACAUGAAUUGGAUUAUUUGGAUGAGUGGUAGAUCAACUAGGGCUCGAUGAAUUUAAUUUAUGAGGAAGAUGAAGGACUAAGGGAUGAGAUUUAGGAUGUGUCUGAAGUGUACUUUCCAAAACUAAAGAGAGUAAUUGAUUAAUUUAACCAAUAUAUAAAUAUAUUAUAAGAAUUAUAAGAACAGAAAGGAAAUUAUUUAAACUUGGGGUAAAAAGGGAGAAAAAUUUAGAUUUUUAAUAUUAAUUUUUCACUCAAUACAUAAAAUACUUAUAAUUUUGAUAAUAAUAAUGAAUGCUGUUUCACUUUUAAUUGAUGAACUAAAUGAUUAAAUACUGGCAGAUCAAUUUUUAUACAUAGAUUUGAUAGGAGGAGGAUCUUAAGGCAAAGUUGUUAUGGCUUAGAGCAAAGGCCUAAAUUAAAGUGUUGCAAUUAAAGUAAAUUAGUUAGUUUAAAUGGUUAGAUUAUUGAAAGACAUAAGAAUAAAGCACAAGAUUAGGAGGCAUCUUUGUUGGAGAAGUGCAAUCAUCAUAACAUUGUACAUUUUCAUAAAGUUGUAUUUUUGUAUAAUUUUAGUUGCUUUAUACUCAUAAUCAUUUGUACAUAAUAAUGGAGUAUCUGCAAGGAAUAACCCUCUAGGAAGUAAUGCAAAAGCAACUGUAGGAAAACAAAGUGAGAAAUCUUAUUAAACAAAUUUUGGAAGGCUUGAGUUAUUUACAUAAUCAAGGGAUUAUUCAUCGAGAUUUGAAGCCAUGUAAGAAAAAUUUAGGAUUUAAGCAAACAUAUAUUUGGUUCGAGAAAACAAUAAAUCCAUUGUCAAGCUGAUUGACCUUGGACUUAGCUAUUAAAUAAGUUCACACAAAAUAGCCAAUAAGUAAUGCGGUACAUUACUAUACAUGGCACCAGAAUUGGCUUAGGAUGUUCCUUAUAAUCAGACCGUAGACAUUUUUGCCCUUGGGAUUAUUUUUUAUUAGUUAUUUCAUGAUGGAAAACAUCCAUUCUAUGUUCCUGGAAUGAGAAGUUCUGAUUACUUUAAAAGGUUAGCGAAAUUGGAGUUUAAUUUGCAUUUUAGAGAGAAUAUUCCAUGCAUGGCAAAAGAUUUUAUAUAAAAAACAAUGGCUUUGUCCCCUGAUGAUAGAAUGUCAGCAUAUUAAUGUUUGGAUCACCCAUGGAUUAAGAACGUUGAACAGUAACAAUACCCAAUCACUACAAAUGAAAUCAUCUCAACAUUUAUAGUGAAAUAGAAAUUCAUAACGAUCAUCAAAGCUUUAAUGAUCUAAACAUAAUUAUAGUAAUUAUCCAUAAAUAGGGAACCGAGCGAGAGUGAGAGUAGAUAUUAUACUAAAUCCUAUUUAACAGAAAUUGAUUCAUAACAAGAAUAAGAAUUAGUUCAUUUACGCUUUCCCAUGAGUUAGAGAGAUAAGCUUCCCAUAUCCAAAUCGAAAAUGCUUAAAACUGUUUAAGGCACUUUCAAUACGCCUUAAAUGAAAAAAAGGGAGGUUUCUAGAUAGUGUUUAGCAUUCAGCUUUUUAGGUUCUCCGAAAUUCCUAACACCCUAAACUCAUACUAAAAGGAAUCUUAAAACACCUUCCCCUCCUUAAUUUAGAUUGCCCUCCAUUAAUUCGCCAAAACAAGUUCAAAUUCCUAAGAUUUCUAAUAUUAUAAAUAAAUCUAGAUUUUUUUAAUAAUGA